AUGAUAAGUAACACUAAUAAUAAAUCUGAUCAAAGCGAAACAUUUGCUCAUUUAUAUGAGGUGCUUUUAUAUAGGAGGAAGGAUAUAAUAGCAAUUCAAGAGGCAGAGCCUCAUUGUUCCACAAUAGAAAAACUUGGUAUUAGCUGGAAAGCUAGCAUGGCUAACAGUAAUGCAUUGGAACAAAUAGAACACGAGCCCGACAAGAAAACACUUGCUGAUUCAUAUAAGUUGUUAUUACAUUUGGUGGGAGAUUUAAUACCGAUACAGAAAAAUCUCGAUAUUGGUGACAAUUCCAUUCUGGCAGUGGAAUAUAAUAAUGUAGCAAAUCAAAACAAUAGGGGCUCUUCCAAUUUAUCACUUUCGAAAUUAUUUAGUUUGCUUUUAUACUUGGAAGAGGAUAUAAACACAAUUCAGGAAGAACUUGGUAUUGUCGGUCAUACUAAUCAAGAAAUAGCAGAAGAAGCCGAUAAAAAUGCGAGAGUGUACCUCCAAAGGUUUGAGAAAUUCCACGGCCCCUUAGAAGAUGAUCUAGGUAUCCUAAUAAAGAAAUUCGCUGAUAUGGGGGUAAAGAAAUUUUGGUCUACUGGUGAGGGACUACCAUUAUUUCCGAAUGUCUCUCCUGAGCAAUUACAUGAAGUUUUUGUCAAAAAACGGCUAGCGUUAAUCAGUGCCCAUGUCUAG